GUUCCAUCUUUUAGUUGUACUUAUCGUUAGAUUCCUUGCCAUGUUGUUGUGUUUGAUGAGUGCCAGGCCUGGAUUUGGAUCAAGGGCGCCACAUAAUCAUGCUGCUAACCCUCGAGUGUUGUUACUUAUGUUGAGGCGUGAAGUUAUCUCCUGCUUCCCAAAUGGCCAUUGGGGAGAGUGGAGAUUGAGAUUGUUGUUGGCUUGUUAGGGCAGUGAUGAGUACUCAUUCCCUGUGAAGUGAAUCGGAUUAUGGUACCUUUGUAAUUGUUAGCCGUGUAUUUGAGAUUGAUUUCGUUGUUAUUAUUGUUGUUGAUGCUAAUGCUGCUACCUAUUUUGUGUUUAAAAUUUGGUGCGCAGAAUAUAGUCCUUGUUUAGAUUGCCAUACACGUUUCUGCUCUGCUCUUCUUCUUCGUGCAGCCCGACAAGCCCCCCCCAAAGCCACCGACUUCCUCUUCCUUUGGAAACCGAAAAAAGGGCUUGAAAUUCUCCUUCUUUCUUGUUCAAUAACCAGAUUUAGG